AAUGUCUCAUUCUGAAUUGAUAUAAACUCAAAGAAAAGCUUGGAGUGUAGAAGAAGAUCAAAUGCUUUAAGACUUGAGAUAGAGUAAAUGUUUCGAUUGGAUCGAAGUGGCAAGAAGAAUAGGAGGAAGAAACCCUUCAUAGUGUGCUUAAAGAUGGAAGAGAAUUAAAGGAUAUAAAUUGAGGAGAUAAUGGACUUAAGAGGAAGAUGAAAAACUAAAGAAUUUAGUAAAAGAAUAUGGAUAUCAUUGGAGCAAAAUCAGCAAAUUAUUACCUAAUCGUUCGGGUAAAUAAAUUCGGGAACACUAUCUUAAUUAAUUGCAUCCUGGAUUGAAUAACGAACCUUGGAGUAAAGAAGAAGAUGAAAAAAUUAUAGAAAUCUAUAACAGUGUAGGAGGAAAAUGGAGUGUAAUUUAAAAAAACCUUGAAGGUAGAUCAGAAAACAGUAUCAAGAAUAGGUUCUAUUCAUACCUUCGAAAUAAAUAUCUCAAUAUUAAGAACCCUUAUUAUAUUGUUCCAAAAAAAGAAUAAUUGAAUUUAACAAAAACUGAAUAAAAAUUCAACUCAAUUGUUUCAGUACAAUCAUAAGAAUAAUCACUAUCAAUGAGUAUCAGUCCAACCUAGUAAUAUUUAAUGCCAAUUAAUAUGUGCAGUAUACCACCAAUAAGUUCAGUGAAUUGCUUUCCUCAAUUUUAAAUGAUCUAUCCCUAUUUCUAGUUUCCUCAACCAUAAUAUUUCUUAUCAUGCAUAUCAAACACAAUUUAAUGAU